CAUGUACUAAAACUGAUGAAUAAUAGCUUCGACUAUAAUAUCUGUAACUCAUCCUUUUCUUUUUUGAAGGUUCGCACUAUUAAAGUGGAAAAGAGGAUCAAUGAGAUUGUGAACCGCUUGAAUAAGACAAAGGUGGAACGGAAACCUGAUUUAAAGGCUGAAAGAGAGGCUAUUAGUGCUGCUGAAAAGGCAGAAAGAAAGGCACAGCUUAGAGACAAGAAACGUAGGGAAGAGAUGGAGAGGCUUGACAAAGAGAAGCAGGCUGAUAUCAGGAGCUACAAGGGUCUAAUGGUCCAAGAGAAGAUGACUUCCAACAAACAAAUCGCUUCUGGCAGCAAGACCCUGCAGGAACUUGAAGAAGACUUCAUGUGAGGGGUGGACAUUAUAAAUGCCAUGCUGAAGAUUUCCUUGAACUGUUUCUGUCGAAGACAGAAGGGGUACCACAGGCUUGUGAGAUACUGGAUCUAAAUGACUCAUGGGCAGGCCAUGGUCUGUUAUUAUCUCCUCUUGCUGUUGUGGUCUAUGUAAACCUUGUUUACUUGCUGAAAAAACAACGGUUCAUGCUCCGUGUGUUCAAAUAAUAUUGUAGUGUUAAGUAACUGCUCCGUGUUGAUGAUUUGCUGGUGUUUCGUGAUUGCUGCAGACAUAGAAAUCGUAUAUAGUUCAAAUGAUUUGAAUUGAAUCAUUUUUAUUUUUA